AUGGAUCGACCACCUAAUGGAACGAUUCUAUUGGAUGACAGCAUACCCUGGGACAUCAGCAAAGGCGACGUGAUAGGAAUCGAUACCCAAUUUGUUAAUGUGGGUAAUCAACUCUUUAGAGGAUUCAAGUUGAUCCCCCAUGGGCUCCAUCUAUUCCAUUAUUCCAGAAACGACAUGAGAUACGGAACAUGGUUUGAAUGCAAUGAAGGCGACGUUUAUUUGGCUCGAUGGGAUCUGCUGCUUGAGGAGAUUAAGUUGGUUGAUCUUAAAAAUGAACCAUUAAACCUCACCAAGGCACUAGAUAAGAUCGCACAGUACUACGGAACCGUGAUGAUGGGGUAUCCAGAGGACACUACAACAUGGCACCAAUUGAUUGGGUAUAUGGACAACAUAGAGGUGUUACAGAUCUUUCUUCCUGAAGACUAUGAAGUCACGACAUCAACGUCGUCUUUUGAAGAGACCAUGAUAUUAGAAGAGACACUAGCUGGUACCCAUCCUAACAGUAGUACAGGCAAUAGUUCUUCGCAUGACCACAUUAAAUAUACCGUUGUGCAAUUCAAAAAGAAUAGAUCAACGGAUAUCAACACUAUAACCAAGGAUUACUUGGAUAAGUCGUGGUAUAUAGAGGAAUUGUAUGGUCAAGAUGUUGAGUUACUAUUAGCAGAAUUACAAUUGGCAUUUGUUAACUUCAUAGUGCUUGCCAACUUUUGUUCUGGGUAUCAAUGGAUUCAAAUCAUCAAACUUAUACUGAUGUCACCUCAAUGGAUUGGACGACGGCUUUCGUGGUUUGUCAAGUUGCUUCAACUACUAGUGUCCCAAUUACGUAAGAUUCCGCCGGAAUAUGUUUUUGGUGAGGAUUCCAUUAUCAAUACUCAGUCAUACAUUGAGGCAAUGGAGAACAUAGUACAAGACAUCAUCCCAUCAUUAGAGGGUUCAUGUUGUGGACGGAUGAAAAUGAAAGGGGCUAUCCUUGAAACGUGGAACCAGGUGAUUGAUAUCAAUAACGAACGGUUUUCAAUCGAUCUAACUCGGUUAACUCCAUCCAUUGAUGAUAAUGAUGAAGAUGCUCCCCAAAUAGUGCACACAUAA